UAUUUGUUUUGUUGUGAAAGUUAUUUGCUUGCGGCUACUAAAAUUAUGUUAGGCCUUCAAGUCGUAUUAAGAAACUGCCGUACAGCUCAAAAGGGGUGCAUCAGGAAGAUCUCCGCUCUUUACAUAACCGGUGACAAGGCGAACGAAAACUAUGCGACACUGCAACCGUAUUUGGAUUUUGCCGGAACUUUCGACGAGCGUGCCUCCUUGGAACAGAGCAUCGCCAGCCGCGGCCUGGACAUCAGUCUGAACGGUGUGCUCCGCAAGUACCAAAAGUACCAGACACACCACGAGCAACUCCAGCGGGUGGUGGGGGAACGGGAGGUCGUCACACAUAACCUGAAAGACCUAACCAAAAAGGGUGGCAGCGAGCAGCAGAUUGAGGAGCUCAAAGAGCGGGGAAAGACGUUGCGCAACGAAUUGAAAGUGCUCAAACAGGCACUUUAUCCCAUCGAAGAUGAGUUUAUACAUGAUUUCCUGCAUUUACCCAAUCGUCUACAUCCUCAGUGUCCUACUGGAGACCAGGAGGAACGGCUGCUCUAUCGUCAUGGCAUGCCGAGCGGCACCGGAGUCGUACUAUCCCACUUGGAGCGGCAAGAUCUCAUACACUUGGUGGAUAACAAUCGCUACUAUAUGAUGGGGCAGGCAGCGCACUUUGAUGUCAAUGCCAUGCAGUCGUUGGCCCGCUAUUUCGUCACCCAUGGCGACUUUAUUCAAACCGCCAAUCCGGACUUUGUGCGCUGUGUCCUGCUGGAGGCUAACGCCACGCCACUGGGAUACUAUCACAUGGUCAAAGAGGAGCAGCUGCAGAAUAAAAUAAAUACCGCUUACCUGACUGGCGGUGCCGCCUUCGAGAGCUAUCUGGGUGCCAUGACCAAGCUGUGCGUCUAUCCCUCCGUUCUGCCCCUGCGAUAUGUCUGCUGUGGGCGCAGCUACAACCGCGCCGAUGCCCAGCAAUAUGGACCCACUCCCAGCCUCUAUACGGCCACACAAACGAAUGCUGUGCAAUGCUUUGUGGCCACCCAAACGGCUGACCAAGCGAACGCUCAGCUGGAACACACACUAAGCCUGGCCAUCGACUUUUACAAGGCCCUGGACGUGCCCUUCCGCAUUGUGUAUGCGCCAGCAGCGGCCUUGACCCCGUCUGAAAGUCUGCGUGCGGUCAUCGAGGUGUAUGCCCCGUCGCUUAAACACUACGUCUGUGUGGGACGAAUCAGUAAUUACGGCGACUUUGUGUCCAAACGCAUUCUGUUUAGCACGCGGCGGGAAAAGCAAUAUGAAUUCUUGCAUUUAGUUGGCGGACCCGUGCUGCAUACAACGCGACUGAUAGCGGCGCUGCUGGAGCACAACAAACGCCUGGAGGAUUGCACAUUGUUAGGGGCCGGUAGGAAACCCACAAUGGAGCAGGAUCUGCAGCAGUUCAAGGACCUCUUCAAAUAGAAACUGAGAGUGUUGGAUGUCUGUUUAGAUCUGUGUAGUGGCUCUUACGUCUAACAAUAAGUAAAAAGUUAAGUUUUACAUACAAUUAUUUACAAUCUA